UCGCGCCCUCUCUUCCUCUCCGAGUCUGAAAUCCACAUACACUCUCUUAAUUCUCUCUCCCGCUCACACGCUCGCAACACAACCAAAUUUACAAAGGAAUUGUGCAGAUCAGUGCCACCGUCGGGCGGAAUACUCGCCAUGAACGCCACAAUGACGACGUUUCGGCCCAUACUCGACAAACCCCUCAACCAGCUCACCGAGGAAGACAUUGCCCAGCUUACCCGCGAAGACUGCCGCAAAUACCUUAAAGACAAAGGAAUGCGCAGGCCUUCGUGGAACAAAUCUCAAGCGAUCCAGCAGGUGGUUUCCCUCAAAGCUCUGCUCGAACCGACCAACCACGACUCCGGCGAUGGCGCUCUCCGGAAGGCAACGUCAAAUUCAGUUGAUUCGGUUAAGGAACCGAGUCCUGAUGUCCGGGUUUCGUUAUCGGCAGAAGCAGCACAGGGAAGAAAGGAUCUGCCGAAAUCGGCUCCGGCGGAGCGACCAACUGAUGUAGAUAACAUUGUCAUUAGUCCCAGGAGUCCAUGUGCAAUGAAUGGGCUAGUGGGGCAAAUGACGAUUUUCUACUGUGGCAAGCUGAAUGUGUAUGAUGGAGUGCCAACUGAGAAGGCACGGGCAAUCAUGCACUUAGCGGCAAGUCCAAGCCAUUUGCUUCAAGAUGAUAUCCUUGGUAGGGCUGCAUCUCUUUGGUCCUUUCCAUGCCAUUUACAGACAGUGAGUGACAGAGAUCGUCUUAUUCCUCCUAGUACCACAACCUCACUGAUUAUGCAAACAGAGAAGAUGACAGAAUAUGCUCAACAGUUUGGGGACAACGGGAACAUUAAUGGUGACCCUGAUGUAGAGGGUCAGGCGAACAGAAAAGUCUCACUGCAGAGAUAUCGCGAAAAGCGAAAAGACAGGGGAAGAUUAAAGAGUAAGAAAAGUACAGUAUCGGUGACUUCUAGCUUGGAGAUGGUUUUAAACCAUCAAGUGAGGACACAUGCCUCAAAUGGGAAAUCAGGCCAGAGUGGCACACGCUCUCCACCCCAGCAUGGGACACUACAAGUUAGCUCUGUCAAUAAUCAGCUAAAGAGUGCUGGUCUAGCUGUUGAUCUGAAUGACAAAGAUGUCCAAGAAUGCUAAAUUGGAACAACCAUAUGGGUCAGACGUUGUUGGAAGUUAAAUAGAGAGCCCUAUUUGAUGAUCAAUGUCAAACAUACAGGGGGGAAGUGGGAACCGAUUUGACAGCCCCCUCCAAGGCAUGCCUUUUGCAUGUUUGGGCUGGCUCGCGGAUAGUGAAGUCUUUUACUGUCGGACAAUCUGUUCUGAAUGGUACGAGUUCACACUAACCCGAGCAAUUUUGUAACUUGAAGAAUCAUUUUGCCAUCCUUAGGAAUUUAUCUUUUUGGAGAGAUUUUUGUUGAAGUUAGAGCUGCAGGCAACCAGUCUUUUCGCUGUGUAAAAUGCAUGCCCAUCUUUUGCUACGCUCAUAGCAUUAUUCUACAAGUUAAAGUAAAUGGCAUUCUAAAGAUGGUGAUUGCCAGUGCUAGUAUUAGAGUGGCAGCCGUGGCAACGGGGAUGGGCUUGUUAAUGGGUCCCAAUAGUGGUGGUUUUGAACAAUGAUUUUAUUAUUAUUAUAUGGGUGACUGACACUUGUUCGUUGA